GGAAGCGUCAUGACAGCACCGCCUGGUUUUUCGUCUGCUUUUUUACCCCACAUUAAUUUCAUUUGAAAAGAACACACGUAGUUGAUAUAUACAAUCAUCACAGAAAUAGACAGCCAGAGCAAAUGAAGAUUACAAGAAACUAAUAUAAUAUGGCAGAUCUUCCCCAGGCAAUCAGAGAAUGGCUUACAGAAUAUAAGACCUUGUCACCAGAAGAACUAAACACAUACAGUAGUACAGUUAGACAGAAUGAUGAACUGGUAUCCUGUUUGUAUCAUCUUUUUAAAUCAGAAACAGAUUCGCAGGUUCUAGAUCCAAUUUGUCAUCAGUUGUUUGAGUUUUACAGAUCUAAUCAACAUGGACUAAGAUUGUUCGCUCUGGAGUUUAUACCAACAUUACAGUGGGUUUAUCUGUCUUCUCUGAGUGUUAAUGGUAAAAAGAGUUGUGGAGGUGUUGAAGCCUUGUUGUUAGCUGCAUAUAAUUUGGAUAUUGUUAGUAGUGAUGGAAAACCAAAGAUAAAGACAUUCCGUAUUCCUUCCUUUGGUCAGCCGUCAGUUUAUCAUGAGCCUUCAGCUCUCAGCAGUUUAUCCCUGUCAGAAAGUGCUCUAUCCAGAUAUGACCACACAGAGCCAGAGAUUUGGAGAAGUGGACCUUACCCUCAGUAUGAAGCCAUCAAUGGUCAGAAUAGACAAUCUAUCCUGUCUUAUCUGUUACAAUGUUAUAAUUCCUGUAUUAGUGACCUGUCAGAACUCUCACAUCAGAUGUAUUGUAAGGCAUGCUCCAGACUAGCUACGACAGGAUUUGAUGAUUUAUCAGACAUAUCAUGUUCGGUUAAACCUUCAGCCAGUUUCCAUCUACCAGACUCGCCUCCUCAAAGUAAACGGAAAAGUCAUGUGGGAGAAAUGUUGCCAAGAAUAGCCAUCUCCCCGACUCUUAUGACAGAGAUGGUCUCAGGGCUUUAUUAUAUCAUGUUUAAUAGUGAUAAAUACUUAGCAACAAGAGCCAUUCUAGACAUCCACAACAGGGCAAGUUAUGAACUCUAUCCUGAUAUACUUUUGGUAACCAAUGCCAUAAAAAAUUCACUUCCUGCUGGUCAUGAAGAAGAUGGUCCAAUGGGACUAAUGACAGUCACCCCGUCUAGCUCAGGUCACACCAUCGCCAAAUCUGCUAUUACAAACGCAUCAUUUAGAACCAAGAAACUGCCUGAUGACAUAGAUAUCAUAGAAGGAGAUGAAAAUUUGUCAAAACUAGAAACAAUCGAAGAAGAUAGUGAUACUCCGACAAAAUCUCUUGGCAAAUUACCUAAACUCGCUGAUAAAAUUAAACUGGGAAUUAAAAAAAUGGACAAAUCUAAAGUGAAAGAGCACAAACGAGAUAGUGAUGUGUCACGGACGUUAUCUAACGGAGACACGGUAGAUUCUGUACAGGUUAAUGUAAUAAAGAAUAAUUCCAGGACAAGUGCAGAUAAUGUAGAGCUGACGAGUCUAACGAACAAAAAGAAUUCCAUCCUAGAGGAAAUUAAUGAAGAGAAAGUCGGGUCGUCACCUCUGGGGAAUUUACGACAAAAACAUUCUAGUAGCUCACUUAAAGAAAUGAAAAAUAAACCAGGACAUACUCGCCAUUCAUCAGGUUCCUCUGUUAAUACAGAAAACUGUAGUACUGAUCUCUAACAUUGUAUUGCCUUAAAAUUGUUCAUCAAAGGUACCUGCUUACAUAAGAAAUGCUAGGGAUAGGAGAGCCUUAAUUGUUCAUCAAAGGUACCGGCUAACAUAAGAAAUGCUACGGGAAUGACAUUAAAUAUAUGGUUUCUUUUAUCCUUCAAAAACUCUUGGGACUGAUAUCAAAUUAAUGUGACUUUAUUUAUAGAUAGAUUAUAUUCGAAUUUUCCAUAUAAACUAAUGAAAAUAUGCAAAUAAAUCAGAAAAAUAUUUAAAUUAGCAUGAAUUAGCAUAAGAAGUCAAACCAUUGUAAAAUGUUUAUCAUGUUUAUAACAGUUGUAUUUAUUAUUGACAGAAAGGUAUUUGGAAGGAUUUUUUAAGUUGCACCAUAAGGUUACACCUUUUGACAGGUUACUGGGAGAAUUAAUUUAAAGAUUGACAGAACAAAACCAAACAAUGCAUGUAGUAUCCCCUGCAGUCUUCACGAUAAACUUAUAAAUCUGUAGAAAUCAAUUUGUUAAAAAUUUUAGUUAGAUUCAGUUGGCCUGUAGAGAUAAUUUUUACAGGCCUGAUAGCAAUUUUACAGCUUGGCCUGUGGUUAAGCAAGAAGACUGUCCCUACCUAUGUAAAACUCUGUUGUAGAGUCUGAGAGGCCGUUAACCUAUCAUUUGAGGCAAGUUCGUGACUGUCCCUAGCUCUGUAAAACUCUGUUGUAGAGACUGAGAGGCCAUUAACUUAUCAUCCUAGUAAAGGAUUAGGAUUAUAUUUCUAAAUAAGUCUGUAACAAAAAGAAUCAUUUUAAUGUACAGAAAGAUUAUUUGGUUUAUAAUAGUUGCAAACAUCAAUUAUUGUGAGUCAUUUUUUCCCACACAGUGUCAUAUUUCUGCAGUAACAAACAUUUGUAGAUACUAAUAACAUAAAGUUUUUUACUGGUAUACGAAAAAUCAUUGUAGAUAAAUUUUAAAUUACUCUCUAAUAUUAACAUAUAUUUUAAGUACAUUUGUAAUUUUGUGUUUUUAUUAAUUUAUUAUUUAAACACCCUUUUAUUUACUCUUUUUAAAAACUAAAUUUUGUUAAUUUGUGAGGUUUGAUUGCAGUCAAAUCUUCAUUUCUUUUAAAAUAGGGAAAUCAAAACUCAUUUUUCAAUUAAAAAGAUCUUAUUUUAUUUUGUUACUUCGUUUAUUAUUUUGUAUGAAGAAAAUACUCUAUGGUCCCAUUAAUUACACAGCAAUCAAACAACAACUGACUGUUCAGCUUUUCCUGAUAUUUAAACUUCCGAUUAUCUCCCUUUGACCAAUUCUUAGAUCUGAAAUAAAUCAUGGUCAGUGUGGUAUCUAAGAGUUCUUGUUUUUUGUGCUGUAGGGAUUUUGUUUCUAAACUUACAUCUCUUUUAAUCAUGAUUAUGGUUUUGUUGUUGGAUUGCUGCCUUAAUAAAGUAUACCAUACACCUCCUUUUAUUCCUAUUUAUCUGUGUGUUGUUCCACUAUUCUAGUCUGAUAUGGGUAUUAACUUGGUUAGAGAUUAUACCAGCUGUUUUCCUCAGACUAAUAUUUUGACCUUAGGAUUUGUAUAGAUUUCAGGGGCAAUGAAACAUUAUGCAGACAUCAAUCAAUCAAUCAAUCAAUCAAUCAAUCAUUUUUCAAAAUGAAAUGAAAAAGGGGGGUUACGUGAACCUUUUGUAAAACAAGGAAUUCUUUUAAUAAAAAAUACAUUGAUAAUGAAAGCAGUGAAUAUUGGAUGUUACAACAUAGUUUAGUAUCUCUUGUGGCAUAAACAACUUAUUCUUACUCUGAAUCAAACCAUAAUGAAAGUAGUUGUGAUUCAGCUGUAAACUUUUAUAUAUAAGAAUGGUAUAUUUAUAUACAUUUUUUCAAUGUCCAAUUUAUAUUUUUUUCAUUGCAAUAUAUUUUUUUUAUUAUUACAAAUAUAAACAAUAUAAAAAAUGAUGAGUUUUAACAGUGCAAUAUUUAACAUUAAGUUAAAAUGAACAUUUACAUUUUUAGAAAAUCAUUUCUGAUCAAGUGAUUCGAUUGAGCUCUCUAUUCAGGAACUAAUGUAUUCCUCUUUUGGGUUGUCUCCCCUAUCAGUUAUUUGAAUAAUAAUUAUCAUUCAGUUUUUAGAUUUGUGUUGAUGUAAACAUUUUCUUGAAUUAAUUUAUCUUAUGUGUAUUGAAAAAGCCUUGAAUCGGUAUAACAUCAACAAAAUAUAGUUCUUAAUUGUAGAUAUCUCAUAGAUAAUUAUUUAUUUAUAAUAUGAACAAAUGUAUAGUAGAAAAAUACAAAAUAAAACAGAUGAAAUUUA